CAUUUACCAGCCUCGCCUCUCGGACGGGCGCGCCGUUAAUGAGAUUAGCAAUUUAAAAACCAGCUAGCUGCCUCGGCGGCGGAGGCGCGGGGCCACCCCCAAGCCGAGCCGGGGCGGGACGGCGCGCCUGGCGACCACGCACCGAGACUGCCGUGCCGGACCCCCGAGCCGGAGCCGAGCGCGCCGAGGCCGGGGCUAUGGAGAAAGCGCGGCCGCUGUGGGCCAACCCUCUGCAGUUCGUGUUCGCCUGCAUCUCGUACGCCGUGGGCCUGGGCAACGUGUGGCGCUUCCCCUACCUGUGCCAGAUGUACGGCGGAGGUAGUUUCCUGGUCCCCUACAUCAUCAUGCUUAUUGUGGAGGGAAUGCCGCUCUUGUACCUGGAACUGGCUGUGGGGCAGCGCAUGCGGCAGGGCAGCAUUGGCGCCUGGAGGACCAUCAGCCCGUACCUCAGUGGUGUCGGGGUCGCCAGCGUGGUGGUCUCUUUCUUCCUCUCCAUGUACUACAACGUCAUCAACGCCUGGGCCUUCUGGUACCUCUUCCACUCCUUCCAGUUGGUCAGCGUGCAUCAGAGGACAGCCCAGACUCACAAGGAUCCCCUGCCGUGGUCUGUCUGCCCACUGAAUGGUAACCACACGGGCUACGAUGAGGAAUGCGAGAAGGCGUCCUCCACACAGUACUUCUGGUACAGGAAAACCCUCAAUAUCUCGCCGUCCCUCCAGGAGAACGGGGGUGUGCAGUGGGAGCCGGCGCUGUGCCUCCUCCUGGCCUGGCUGGUGGUGUACCUGUGCAUCCUGCGUGGCACCGAGUCCACUGGCAAGGUGGUGUAUUUCACGGCUUCACUGCCCUAUUGCGUGCUCAUCAUCUACCUCGUCAGGGGCCUCACGCUCCACGGAGCCACCAAUGGCCUCAUGUACAUGUUCACUCCCAAGAUAGAGCAGCUGGCCAACCCCAAGGCCUGGAUCAAUGCAGCCACCCAGAUCUUCUUCUCACUCGGCCUGGGCUUCGGCAGCCUGAUCGCCUUCGCCAGCUACAAUGAGCCAUCCAACAACUGCCAGAAGCACGCCAUCAUCGUGUCCCUCAUCAACAGCUUCACCUCCAUAUUUGCCAGCAUCGUCACCUUCUCCAUCUAUGGCUUCAAGGCCACCUUCAAUUAUGAAAACUGCUUGAAGAAGGUGAGUCUGCUGCUGACCAACACUUUUGACCUUGAAGAUGGCUUUUUGACAGCCAGCAACCUGGAGCAGGUAAAGGGCUACCUCGCAUCUGCCUACCCAAGCAAAUACAGCGAGAUGUUCCCGCACAUCAAAAACUGCAGCUUGGAGUCGGAGCUAGACACGGCCGUCCAGGGCACUGGCCUGGCAUUCAUCGUCUACACAGAGGCCAUUAAAAACAUGGAGGUGUCCCAGCUGUGGUCGGUGCUCUACUUCUUCAUGCUGCUGAUGCUGGGCAUUGGGAGCAUGCUGGGGAACACAGCGGCCAUCCUCACCCCUCUGACAGACAGCAAGAUCAUCUCCAGCCACCUGCCCAAGGAGGCCAUCUCAGGUCUGGUGUGCCUUGUCAACUGUGCCAUUGGCAUGGUGUUCACCAUGGAAGCUGGGAACUACUGGUUUGACAUAUUCAACGACUACGCGGCCACACUGUCCCUGCUGCUCAUCGUGCUGGUGGAGACGAUUGGCGUGUGCUAUGUGUACGGGCUGAGGAGAUUUGAAAGUGACCUUAAGGCCAUGACCGGCCGAGCUGUAAGCUGGUACUGGAAGGUGAUGUGGGCUGGCGUAAGCCCACUACUGAUUGUCAGCCUCUUUGUCUUCUACCUGAGUGACUACAUCCUCACGGGCACCCUGAAGUAUCAAGCCUGGGACGCCUCGCAGGGCCAGCUCGUGACCAAAGAUUACCCGGCCUAUGCACUGGCUGUCAUCGGGCUGCUUGUGGCCUCCUCCACCAUGUGCAUCCCCCUGGCGGCCCUGGGGACUUUUGUUCGGCGCUGCCUCAAGAGGGGAGACGCAGCCCCCGUGGCCUGAGAUGUGGGCUUCCCAGCCACUCACGGUUUUACAGAUACUAUUUACAGGCAGAAACUCCUCCGUUGCUUUUUCAAAUGCUUAAGCCGGGAGUGCUCAGCCCGUCAAUUUCCUGAGUGUCUAAAGAAGAUGAGGAAGGUGUGCAGGAAGAAAACUCCCUUGGGAGAACGCACACCCUCCCGAGGUGGCCGUUCCUCCCCGUCACCUGCCUGCUCAUCAUCGAAGGAGGAGGGCUAUGAAAGCCAGUCUCAAAGAUAACUGCAUCCUUCAUUCCAGAAAAGUCCUAGAAUUAGGGCACAUUGCAAACUGAAAUAUGACUAUAAUUCUUAUGGAACCAAAUUUAAGCAAUUUUUGUUUUUGGCUAAAGAGACACCAAAAUAUUAGAGGACAAAUAUUUUUAGAUCCAUUUAAGGAGUUUUGAAGUGUCUAAGAUGACAUGUCAAUGGUGCAAAAUUAAUUCUCUUCUUUUUUGAAUUGUAGUGAAUAUGCAAUUUCUGUGUUCCCCUUCCACCCUUUAAAUCUUAGGAUGACAAGUUAUAAAGAAAGAAGAUCUUUGUUUGGGACCCCCAAAGGGAUCCUUUCUCUAAGGUCUCUGACAGUGGGUCCAGGACCAGACCUCUCUACAAAAAAUUACCCCAACUACAGUUUGCAACCCCAAACCACAUUAGAAGUCUGUGCAGACAUCCCUCUGUGGUGUCUUGGUGCAUUGGAAAAGGAGUCAGCAGCCACUGUGAGGUGAGAAUGAAAGUGGAUCUCAGCUGGGCUUGGUGGCUCACGCCUGUAAUCCCAGCACCUUGGGGGUCAAGGCGGGUGGAUCACUUGAGGUCAGGAGUUCGAGGCCAGCCUGGCCAACAUGGCGAAACCCCAUUUCUACUAAAAAUACAAAAAAAUUAGCUGGGAGUGGUGGCACAGGCCUGUAAUCCCAGCUACUCUGGCUGCUGAGGCAGAAGAAUCAUUUGAACCUAGGAGGUGGCGGUUGCAGUGAGCCGAGAUCACGCCACUCCACUGCAGUCUGGGUGACAGAGCAAGACUCUGACUCAAAAAAAAAAAAAAAAAAGGUGGAUCUGACUUUCCCUUAGGCUUAAUAUUACAUUUGGACAUCGUGGCCAACUCUAUGAAGAACACAAAUACCACUUUCUAAAAUGUAUAUAAUUCAAACAGAGCAUCUUGUAACUGAAGACACACCAUAUCUAUGAUAUCGCAUUAGUCCAUGCAGGGAAAAGAAAGAUCAGAUUGUUACUGUGUCUAUGUAGAAAAGGAAGAUAUAAGAAACUCCGUUUUGAUCUGUACUAAGAAAAAUUGUUUCUGCUUUGAGUUGCUGUUAACCUGUAACUUUAGCCCCAACCCUGUGCUCACAGAAACAUGUGCUAUAAUGAAUCAAAGUUUAAUGGAUUUAGGACUGUACAGGAUGUGCCUUGUUAACAAUAUGUUUGCAGGCAGUAUGCUUGGUAGAAGUCAUCGCCAUUCUCCAUUCUCGAUUAACCAGGGACACAAUGCACGGCAGAAAGCCACAGGGACCUCUGCCCAAGAAAGCCUGGGUAUUGUCCAAGGUUUCCCCCCACUGAGACAGCCUGAGAUAUGGCCUCAUGGGAAGGGAAAGACCUGACCGUCCCCUAGCCCGACACCUGUAAAGGGUCGGUGCUGAGGAGGAAUAGUGAAAGAGGGAGGCCUCUUUGUGGUUGAGAUAAGAGGAAGGCUUCUGUCUCCUGCUCGUCCCUGGUAAUGGAAUGUCUCGGUGUAAAGCUGACCAUUCCCAUUCGUUCUAUUCUGAGAUAGGAGAAAACCGCCCUGUGGCUGGAGGCGAGAUAUGCUGGCAGCAAUACUGCUCUGUUACUCCUUGCUACACUGAGAUGUUUGGGUAAAGAGAAACGUAAAUCUAGCCUACAUGCACAUCCGGGCACAGUACCUUUCCUUGAACUUAUUCAUGAUACAGAUUCCUUUGCUCACAUGUUUCCCUGCUGACCUUCUCCCCACCUGUUGCCCUGCUACACUCCCCUAGCUAAGAUAGUAAAAAUAAUGAUCAAUAAAUACUGAGGGAGCUCAGAGGCCGGCGCCGGUGCGGGUCCUCCAUAUGCUGAGCGCCGGUCCUGGGCCCACUGUUCUUUCUCUAUACUUUGUCUCUGUGUCUUAUUUCUUUUCUCAAAAAAAAUUUUCUUUUUUUAACUGCAAUAAAGUAGGUCAAGGUUACCCCUAAAGUGAGUGAGUCCCUUCCUGCUCUAACGUCCGGUGCUUCCUUGAGAUCAUGGAAUUCCGGAGAGUUUCUGUGGAUAUAUUUGCACAGAUAUCUUUGAAGACACAAACACUCACUUGGGACAUUGGCCGGAGAUGUCUUUUUAUUUUUAUGCUGUAAAAUUCUCUUAUAGCAAAAAUAGGCUUUAGAAAGGUCUUCUACUGUCUUCAGCAACCAUCUCAUCAAUACUUCCAGCUUCACCUGAUUAUCCAGUUAUCAAAAGAUCAUUUGACUUUCAAAUGUAUGAACCAGCAUGUACCCCAUGGAUUCAAUCUUAUCUACCCCAUGGAUUCAAUCUUCUUAUCAGAAGGUUCUUUUAUGUCAAAAAACCUGCUGUCAAGGCUUGAAGAGCCGGCACACACAAUGGCAAACACAGCACCAAGUCUGCUCUGAAUCCUGGAGGAUCUGGCCUUCCUCUCAACCCCCACUCAUGGUUACCGUCUUACAACUCGGGGCCACCUGGGAUCAGUCAUCAGUCAGGGUGCAUAAGCCUUGAACACCAGGUAGCCUCAGGAGUGAAAAGAUAAAUGUCCUAGAUCAUUACCUUAUUCAGUGUCCCCACGUUGCAGCCCAUUACAACCGCCUGGGAGCAUUUAAAACUCCAGAUGCCCACACCACACCCUGGGGCCACGGAUCAGACCUUCUGGAAGCAAGACCUGGGCCUCCAUAGCCCCAAAAACUCCCUAGGUGAUUCCGAUGUGCAGCCAAAUCUGAGAGGCCCCCUUUAAAAGAGAAAACAUGGGUGGUACAUUGAGGAAUAUUUACAUUUUAUAAAAUGACUUAAAAAUUUGAAGGCAUUUUUGAGCAUUUCCAAUUAUAUGGAAGAGUUACUUCUACGGAAUAGUUUUUGCUCAUGGAACUCAAACAGAUGAAGCACCACUGUUACAGAAUAAUGUGCUCCAGAAUGAAAAUGUCUCGUUUCUGUGAAUUUCAUGAAGAGCAGAACAUUUCUCAAGAAUCCUCUUGAGCCAGUAAUCAAGCCUGUCUCAAAAAAUGUUCUUUGCCAUUUCCUAGGUACUGCACAAAAGUGGCCAUGUCAACAUUUGUCCACCCACCCUCCAAUAAGCUGGAGCGAAAAAGGGACAUUCCAUCCCUGUACCCUUAGUGGUAGCCAUGACACGAUGGCCAGAUCAUGGACUCCAGAAAGCUUUCUGUUUUUACUGGAAACAUAGCAAACCUUGAUUUAGCUCCAAUAAAUUGAGUAGGGAA